AUGUGGCGGUUGGUACUAGUUGUCUUGGCCUUGGGUGCUAGUGCCCAAAAAGCUAGCCCAAAAACGGGCGACGAAUUAGUGUCCACAGUUUUGGAAAACUGCAGUGAAAUGGACUGUGUGAAAAGCAGCGUCCUGGCGUACUUGGACAACCUCCUGAAGAUAGAAAGUGAUGCCAGAAAGGCCAAGAAUAUCGACGCUGCGAUUUUCAAAAGAGCCGCCAAAGUGCUGAGAUCGCAGGAGUUUAGGCUGAAGCUUCCCGAGAUGCUUUUCGAUAAAACCGAGCUAGUGUACAACCCGAGGACUGGACUGGAUGUAGCUUCAACUGACUCAGAAUCUCGAGGUCUCCUCAAGAAGAAGCUCCUCCUUCCAUUCCUUCUCCUCUUGAAACUGAAAAUGAAAGCUCUCAUGCCUAUCUUGGUUGCUAUUAUCGGUGUGAAAGCUCUGAAAGCUUUAAUUUUGAGCAAACUGGCCAUUCUGAUCGUUCUUGGUUUUAUUGUUUACCAGUUUAUUGGUAAAAGUGGUAUGCCGAUGCCUCUACAGAUGACGCCUGCUGAGCCUCCAGCACCCAUGUAUGGGCCUCCGUCUACUCCUCCACCCAGUUCGUACGAACCAGGAUGGGAACCCAAUACUGGAGGGCCUUAUUCCAGAGUCUGGUCAAACGAUAAUUCCGCCCAGAACUUGGCUUAUUCGGCGUAUUUUCCUGGAGCGUCUAGUUCCUCCACCACUCGUCCUUAAUUGUUGAUGAAAUUAAUUUAUUUAUUGUU